GCCUCCGAGCCGUCGCCCGGGUUACGGGAGGCGGGGCCUCGGGGCUGCUGAGGCGAGGCCCGGAUGUCCGGGCGCGGCGACUGAAUUGGAGGUUCUCUCGGGAAACCUACGGGCGGCCAAUGGCUGUCGAUAUUCAACCAGCAUGCCUUGGACUUUAUUGUGGGAAGACCCUAUUAUUUAAAAAUGACUCAACUGAAAUAUAUGGAGAAUGUGGGGUGUGUCCAAGAGGGCAGAGGACAAAUGCACAGAAAUACUGUCAGCCUUGCACAGAAUCUCCAGAACUUUAUGACUGGCUCUAUCUUGGAUUUAUGGCUAUGCUUCCACUAGUUUUACAUUGGUUCUUCAUUGAAUGGUACUCAGGGAAAAAAAGCUCUAGUGCACUUUUCCAACACAUCACUGCAUUAUUUGAGUGCAGCAUGGCAGCUAUUAUCACUUUACUUGUGAGUGACCCAGUUGGUGUUCUCUCUAUCCGUUCAUGUCGAGUGCUGAUGCUUUCUGAUUGGUAUACAAUGCUCUAUAACCCAAGUCCAGAUUACAUCACCACUGUGCACUGUACUCAUGAAGCUGUCUACCCACUAUACACUAUCGUAUUUAUCUACUAUGCAUUCUGCUUAGUGUUAAUGAUGCUGCUCCGACCUCUUUUGGUGAAGAAGAUUGCCUGUGGAUUAGGGAAAUCAGACCGAUUUAAAAGUAUUUAUGCUGCACUGUACUUUUUCCCAAUUUUAACCGUUCUUCAGGCAGUUGGUGGAGGUCUUUUAUAUUAUGCUUUCCCAUACAUCAUAUUAGUGUUAUCUUUGGUCACUCUGGCUGUGUACAUGUCGGCUUCUGAAAUAGAGAACUGCUACGAUCUUCUGGUGAGGAAGAAAAGACUCAUUGUUCUCUUCAGUCACUGGUUACUUCAUGCUUAUGGAAUAAUCUCCAUUUCCAGAGUGGACAAACUUGAGCAGGAUUUACCCCUUCUGGCUUUGGUACCCACACCAGCCCUUUUUUACUUAUUCACUGCAAAAUUUACUGAACCUUCACGUAUACUCUCAGAAGGAGCCAAUGGACAUUGAAUAUAAAAUACCAAAACCAAAAAAACUAAGAAGUGUUCUUAAUAAAGAAAAAAACUAUUUAAAAAUGUAUUACUCUUUUGUCAUACCUAGGAAUAAGAUAUGUCUUAAAGAGGUUUUAUAUGUAUGUGUAGACUUAAUGGUUAGACUUGGAAACUACAAAAAAAUCAUACUCUGUUAUAUAGUAUAAUACAGUUACAGCACACUAUUACACUAGAUACUUGUUAGAAGCUUUUGUCACGUGAAACAAUGUAGUUGUCAUUUAGAGCAAAAUCAUGUUUUUGUAUACCUAGCAAUGUAUUCCCAUUUUCAUUAAGAAAAACUUUAAAAAGUAAAAUCUGAAAUACCUACCGUUGGCAUAAUUGUGCAUGCCUGUUGUGUUUCAGUUUUUUAUUGAAUUAUAAAGACAAAUAUAAUUAUGACGCCUGAUGGCAAACGUGAGAAUAAAGAAUGCUGUUUUUGUUAUCUA